UGAAGUUGUUCGAAGAGUUCAGUUGUAGUGUGGUGAUGGAGGAGAGAAGGUCAAACGGUGGCAGACGUGUUUAUAUACGGGGUAACGCAGCGGGAAGGAGUCACGCUCGCGCUGUGAGUGCGGGCGCGCCUACGACACUGGUACGUCAUGGGCCAUCAAAGGCAGCGACGACGGCCCAAGAGGCGUUGAGGCCUGGAAGCGGCGUUCACAUGAGAUCUGCCGGGCGGUGAAUGCACGAUUACCGCCACAGACAGCCACGAUUGGUCGAUCGCUGAUGCGAAAUUUGCCUUUUGCAUGGCAAACCGUUGAAUUGCGAUGGCUCGUGAUGCCCCGCGAACCCCGCCGACGUCAUGGAGCCGAGAAAAAAGGCUCAUUGCACGUGACAUUGCGUAGCUCACCGCGUCGCGCCCGGGAGACACGCAAUCGCACCAACGUAUCCGCUCAUCAGUUCGCGUCCCUCCCAAACCUCUACAGCUUCCUGUUCGGUCGCCUCUCAUACUUCAUCGCGUGCCCACACUGGUCCACGGUAGAGUUUAGUCUUACUCUUGGCUACGUCAUUUCUGUUCGCCCACACACCCAAGUCCAGAGUCUUCGCAGAGCCCGCUUUUCGUUUGUCAUCGACGGUGCGCCGGCCCACGCUUGCGCUUGUGCGGUCGGAUGUCGCGCCCGCGCCUAUAAUCGUCCGCAGGCCGCUCUUCGAACAGAAGACUUGCGCCGCACGAGAGCACCGCCAUGGACCUUGCCGCGGCAGCAAGGCUCAACCCACGAGAAUAGCACAACAUCGAAUGAGAGUCUGGCUCUCCGUUUCUGUGUCUCAGAAAACCAGGCGCAGUGAGAUGCCUCGCCGAGCAGGAGAACUCACUCGGGUUAUUUACACAUCCCAAGGCCUGGAGAGUUCGCUGCAGUCACACUAACAAUGCCGUCGGAGGGGUGAUUCUAUCUGCAUGCUCCUGCAUGAACCAGUCAGGCCCUCUUAUGGGCUGAGGCGAUCCUUCCGCGAAGCACUGUGCCACAUCACCCAGCUAACCCGCUUUAGCCUGAACCCUGAUUCGUCGCCACAGGACCAAUGAUUUUCCGAGGCCGCCCGACGACCAGCCCCAACCAGGCCU